AUGGAUUUCCUUCAGCGUCUCGCGAGUUACCUCGACCGCCCGCUCUUCCCGUGGAAGAAGCUCAUUAUCGGCUUCUCCGUCGGACAAUUCGUUCUCGAGACAUUCCUUACAUUUCGUCAAUAUCGCGUCUUGCAGGCCCCCAAGCCCCCCGCCGUUCUAGCCAAGGAAAUCAACCAGGAGACUUUCGAUAAAUCCCAAGCCUACGGCCGCGCAAAGGCCAAGUUCAGCGUUGUCACCAGCCUCAUCGGUCAGAUCCAAAACCUUGCCUUUAUCCACUACGAUGUCCUCCCUAAGAUCUGGUCUUGGACCGGCGAUCUGCUUCUCAAAUACGCCCCCACUGGCUUCCGCGGCGAAAUCAGCCACUCAGUCGUCUUUAUGGUUGCUUUCCUCUUGAUCCAACAGGUUAUGGGCAUGCCCGUCCAGAUUUACAGCACCUUUGUCCUCGAAGAAAAGUACGGAUUUAACAAGCAGACUCCUCAGCUGUUUGCUACCGACCAAGUCAAGAAUGCCGUCAUCACCAGUGUCCUCGUCUCCCCUGUUCUCGCCGGCUGCUUGAAGAUUAUCCAGAAGACUGGCAACCAGUUUGUCUUCUAUGUCUGGUCUUUCUCUGCUGCUUCUCAGUUGUUCCUCUUCACCAUCUACCCCAUCUAUAUCUUGCCUAUUUUUAACACUCUUACUCCCAUUGAAGAUGGAGAGCUGAAAUCCAAGGUCGACGCCCUCGCUAGCAAACUGAAAUUCCCCCUCAAGGAGCUUUACGUUAUGGAUGGUAGCAAGCGCAGCGCUCAUUCCAACGCCUUCUUCGCCGGUCUCCCUUGGUCCAAGCGUAUUGUCCUCUUUGAUACUCUCAUCGAGAGCCAAGACACCGAUGAGAUCAUGGCUGUCCUCGCGCACGAGCUUGGCCACUGGCAGCUCAAGCAUACUACCCAGCAGCUAGCAAUCGUUCAGGCCAACCUGUUUAAGAUCUUUGCCCUCUUCUCCGUCUUCAUCAACAAUCGCUCUUUGUACGCCUCAUUUGGAUUCCACGCUCAGCAUCCCAUCAUCAUUGGAUUUUUGCUCUUCAGUGAUGCGCUCUCCCCAAUGGACACUCUGGUUCACCUCGGCAUGAACAUGCUGUCCCGCAAGGCUGAGUUUGAAGCUGAUAACUUUGCCAAGGAGCUUGGAUAUGAGACCCAGCUUGCAACUGGUCUUAUCAAGCUUCACAAGCAAAACCUCAGCAGCAUGGAUGCCGAUUGGAUGUAUGCCACAUACCACUUCUCUCAUCCUCAUCUGUCCGAGCGCCUCAAGGCACUCGGUUGGAAGAGCGACCAUGCCGUUGUUGUCGAUGAGAAGAAGGCCGAUAAAGAAGGCAUUGCCACCACGACUGGUCGUGAUGAGCUGUAA